AUGUUUGACCCUUCGCCUCAUAUAGAAAAAUUUAAUUUUUAUGAUGAAGUAGGAAUUUUUAUCAAGCAUGGAGAUAACUUAAUAAAUAUGAUCAGCCAAAACAAAACAUAUUCAAACGUUGAAGCAAAGUUUUUUGCAUUAAAUAGCUUUGGAUAUACAUUUGAGUUUACACAAAAUGCUAUGCAAACCUUGGUUGACUGUGAAGUAAGUAGGGCUGAAGAAAUAGGAAAACACAUAACAUCUUGAAUAUUUGCAGGACUUUCAAUACUAAUUAUUUUUAUGGGGAUUUUAAUAGGAUAUGUCAUCUAUAUGAAUAGAAAUUUUGAUAAAUUUUGAAAUUUCAUAAUAAAAACUUCUCAGAGUUCUUACCUUGACCGAAGAACUACAUGCAUUGAAAGGCUUUCAAGGGUGCAUGGGAUUGACUACAAGCAGGAUAGCAGCAUAGAGUAUUAUAGAAAUAAAAAAUUUACAAGAAAAGUAAGAUCUAGAAUAUAUGUAAGGUAUUUCUGGAGACUGCUAAUAUUUUUACUUGUUGCUUCUAGCUAUUAUAUUAUUUUGAAUUUUUACUUAUAUGAUCUCUGUGAAAAUUCCUUGGUUCAUAGACCCAAGCUAUUAUUAAGCCUUAUAUCAAAAAGAGCUCUCUUAUCUCGAAUGAGCGUAUUUGCCAGAGAUAUUCCAUCUAAAAGCUCUCUAAGAUGGAUGCCAAUGUCAUAUGGACUUGCAGAUUCGAAGUUAGAAUUUCUAUCAAGCAACGAAGGGUUUAAAUUUGCAAAUUCUGAAAUAAGAAACAAAAAUUUUUUAAAAUUAUUGACAAGUGGUAUGAAGAGAAAUAUUUUUGAAGCACGGCAUACUAAUGAUUAUUAUUUACAGCAGGGAACCUACGCAGCUUCAAAUAUCAUGUAUAUAGAUGCUAAAUUUAUAUCAACCAGCACUGCAGGCACAUCAAGUGUUACUCAAUUUGCGUAUUAUAUAGGUAACGAAACCGCUCUUCAAAAUGUUAUGGGAAUUGAUUAUGAUAUUAUAGACCAUGAUUCAAAAAACGUGAUACAACGAGAACUGAAUUUAAUAAUUUAUGUGACGAUUAUAUUUUCAUCAGCUUUACUUAUGCUUUUUUUAUUUUUUUAUUUGCCGUUUAUUCAAAAUGAAAAGUGCCAGUUGAAAAAGUUAAAAGCAUUGAUAACAAUUGUACCAAGUGGCAGAACAGAUUCUAAAAGUGAAAAAAUGAUUUAA